UUCGUAUAUGCGUCGAGGCGCUUCGCCGCUUGUCCUCCCUACAUUUUCAUGUCCGGCUGGACCGCCCGUUCCAUUCCUUUACCACCAGAGCUCCUUACCUACAUCUUCGACUUAGCUACCUACAACCCUGUCCGCGAGAUUGAUACACUCAUUGAAAUCCAAUCCUUUGAAGGAGAGUAUAGCACUGACGUCGAUGCGCUCUGCGAUGCUCCACUUGAAACAAAACGCACUAUUGCGAUGACGUGUUCUUUGUUCAGGCAGUUAUCGGCGAAGUUUUUGUUUGAAGAUGUUCGGGUUCGGCAUGGUUCUGAAGGACUUGCGGACGCUUUGGAGAGGGAUCCUGGACUUGGAUUGUUUGUGAGGAGGAUAUCGAUCUCGUUAGAUGGAUGCAAGGCUGUUGGGCAUUGGCGCGCAUCUUUGCCGGCUGGUACUAGACGGAUCUUGCAGCGAUGUCCGAAUGUGCUUAUCCUCACACGACCGCAGCAUCUCUCUGUCGACACAGUGGAUUUAGAAGACGAGGCUUUCGGUUUUCCUAUGCAGCCCUCGAAUGUCGAGAACCUCGAUGAUAUUCAUCUGCCCCAACUUCGCCGCAUAGACUGGUUCAACAGCCCUGUUGAUUCACUACCAUCUACAAUACCUACACCUAAGUUCAUCUGGAAUUCGGGAUCUUUGCGGACUCUCACAAUCGGACCAGAUCACUUCCCGAUUCAGAGGGACGUGUCUCCUAUAGUGGACCUACCGAACCUGCGGACGAUUCGCUUACGUUCCUUACACACGCCCGGGAACGUCGGUGAAGGCGGCAUCGACCCAGAGGCCGUAAAGCUUCCUACACUCGAACGACUUAUCUUCACGCAACCCGAUGGAAUCUAUACACUGUUCUUCCACCAGUUCCUACGUGCAAACGGGCCCAAAGUCACUACCGUUGAAUUUGCGCCGCAUAGACGCUUCCUGCUGCACGAUUUCAUCAGCGUAGUCCUACUCAACUGCUCUAACGCAGCUACGCUCAACUUCCCAGUCUUCACCACGAAGCCGACGAGGAAGAAUACGAGAAGACAACACGUACAAGUCAUUUACUUGAUAACGCACGUCGGACUUAGUGCGCAGGGACUACGCGAGCAGCCGGAGGAUGUCGGCGAAGAGGACGACCAAUGGGCCAGAAUGGCGGGUCACUUUCUCUCGCUGUUCGGAGAACGAACACGCUUCUCAAAGCUUGAGAAGCUUACAUUGUAUGGCGAGGAGUGGGAAUGGAUACUCUCGGAUGCGAGGUUCCGAGGAAUUCUUAAAUUAGUGAGGUCGCGUAAUGUAGAGAUUGUCUGUGAGCAUGAGAGUGUUGCGGCGACGCUGGAGACGAUCAGCGAAGGGCUGAACUUCUGGCUGACGAUGGAUGCCGACAAGAUACUUUCGACACUAAUCAGCGCCCAGACUAGCAUAGCACAGGACCGUUUGGCCAUGCUUUAUUUUGAGUCCGCAGACAAAGACAAAGGCACGUCUCAUCGCGGAGCACAGCGAGCCAGUCCCGCUGUUGACGACGACCAACAAUCGACCACGACAACCACGACGACUUCAGCCCGGGAGAGCCUGCCGCCGAGCGCGAUGGUCUACAAGGGCAAGUCCACGACGCGCUCAUGGGCAACUCUGCCUCCGGAGGUCAUCCGCCUCAUCACGACGCAUUACCUUCUCGCCAUGUCCGCGACGGCCGUGCUCCCGGCCGUGUGGCAGCAACGCGAGAACUGGCCCGGCCGCAUGGCAUUCACAGUCGUGCGCGACGCCGAGGUCAUACAACAGCUCAUGCGCGUCUCCCCUGCCUGGGCAUCUGCCAUUGAAUAUCAUCUAUUCUGGCAACAAGCAGCCGCGGUUCUUGAUGCGGCCGAUCAUGUAUUGGCUUUCGCCCGCGCACAACGCGUAUCUCCGUACAGGCACUUCCGUCAACAUCUCUUCCAGCGAUCGUGCAUUCCGUGCCGCAUCAACUACCCGAACUCCACCAGCGGUCUCCUAAUUGCGCGAAAACUAACUUACACCCACACUCUCGGGUUCGUUCCGUGCUGUAGAGAACACCGCAAAGAACGCUUUUGCGGGAUCUGCCUCCGAGAUGCCAGCCUUGAUGAAAACUGCAUUGCCGAAAACGAGGAGUGUGAUUACUGGCAGUCAGUCGAGGCAACCUGCCGGACUUGCAGGGCGGAGUGCCUAUGGAAGGCGUGCUGCGAAGGCCAAGAACAGCCCGGGAAUAGGCUAACAAAAGAAGCAGAGGCCGUAGGCGGCCAGAAUUUUGCUCCAGAGGAUUGGGAGGCUCGACAAACGAUAGACGCUUUUGUCGAGAUGGGCGAGGGCUCAGUACGCGACGUCAUUGGCCUUUGCAUGGAGAAGCGCUGGUUACGGAAGUACACGAAGAUUGCAGAGAUGAUGCGUCUUGCUGUUGCGACUUCACGCAUACAAUCAAGAAUGGUCGAGAAUGCGAAUGAAGCAGGCAUCCUGGGGAGUGGGAUGGGCGAAUACGAGGACGAUGAGGAACUCAGCGAAGUGGAUGAGGAUGAUGAAGACCCGGAGCUUCUUAGCAUCACGGAAGAGACCCAGGGAGUCCGCGAGCUCGCGGUGAACGACUGGGCACGGGCUCGAAUACUUGAUGGGCAUUGGUACAGUCCUGCUGACCAGUGGUAUUUAAUACAAGGCCCGAACAACUCCAAUGCGCAGAGAUUAUCAACGAACCAACCCUAUCCUCCUGUCCCAUACAUCCCUGCAAUCCAUCCUGUUUCAUGGACCGUCAUAUCGUCAGUUGCGGAACGACCCCAUCCAGACCCUGAGUCCGUUCGUUCUUCACCGCCGCCGAGCCUCAGUUUGUGCGGCGCCGCCUUUGAUGCUUACCGAAGACAAAUGCGUGCUGUAUUGUUCCCCGCUAUGGCCAACAUAGUUCGCAAGGUGGUGAUGGAGUGUGCUGUUGAUGGUACGGAUGCUUCCGUACGAGUAGCGCGAAUGAGCAUUGAGGACGUUGCAAAUGCACUGCGGGACGACAUGACGUGGUACAACGGUGUAGACUGGGCUGAUCGCCGACGGCGAAGAGAGGUAAACUCCUCAGACGAUUCGUCUAGUGGCUCCGAGAAAAGCGGAUCCGGCACGACAAGCCCCGUACUAUCGACCUCGACAUUACAGACUACACCAUCGCCGCCGCCUGCGUCAGAUGUGAAGUUGCAAAGCUCGGAGCAGACGAACUCGAUGCCUCCACCUCCUCCGUCAUCAUCUUCCUCCCAUUCAAGACAGCCCUUGUCACCGAUUAUGUCUCUUCCUAUCGCUAUCUCCCCUGUAUUAGAGUCGCCCACACAGAUCCCGUCCAUUCCCUUUAUCCCUGAGUCGAUGUCAGAGAUGCCCUCGUUUACCACUGAAACUUUCAAAAAUAUAUGGCGUGAUGCAUGCGCUCCACUAUUCCAAUGUCGCUGCAAGAUCUGCGAGCGUGCAGUGCUGAGGGCAAACAUUGAGGCCGGAAACAUCGUACCGUCCCAACAUUAUCCACAUACGCAGGACCAAGAAUACGCGCAAAAGCAGACCUUGUCACCUCCCGUGAUAGUGCGGAUAGAUCCGGUAUCAGACACGGAGAACUCUGCAUUGACAACUGCAGAUCUGGAAGAUGGGAUGGACCCUAACCAGGAGCGAAAUCGGAAGAUGGUAGCCAGCAGGAAACGAUCUUGCGAAGCUGCAGAGAUUAUUGAUAUAGAUGGUGUUGAUACUGGCAACGAAGAGGAUUCUCGGACCGAGGAGCGGAAUGUGAGGAGCAAGACGCCACCGGAGAAACGUCAGCGAUUAGGGAAGCAUGAGAUUGAGGAUGUUAGGAGAGCUUCGACGUCUCCCUUGGCCCCGCCUACUUCGGCGAGUCAGUCUCCUAGUGACACUGCGAAGGAUGUUGUACAUGUGUCGUCGGAAUGGGACGAACUGGGUGGGCUGGAUGAUGAAGGGUUAUAUGUUAUGGAUGACGUUGUCGUAAUGGACGAAGGCUUGGAGGGAGUGUAAUUGCGAUCCUUUGUGUUAUCGUUUCCUUGGCAUACAAGACGCAUGGUAUAUCUCGCAGCAGACGAUGACGAAUAUCUUCGUCCAAAACAUGCGAUACAUAUGAUAUCCAGCAGCCGGAAUUUACCCUCUUGGAUCGAUAUCAUGCAGAAGAUAACCUCGCAAUUUGCCCGAUGUUGGUUCUAGGCCCGACGGAACUUUCCCUCUCUCCCUUCCACCCAGAUUUAUUAGCUCAACCCUAUUCCCGGACUUUAUCUCGUGUACAUCUCCCUUAAGGUUAAAGCCAGAAGCUAACGAAUUUCGCUGUACUACUAUCAUCAUCAUCAUCGAAUUCUUAUACUACUCUGCUAUCUCAUCGUUGCUGUGUAUCAUGUCCAUCAUAUCCCUGUGCUCUACUUCCUGCCUCCUUCCCUCCCCUUCUCCCAUAUUCAAGAAUCGCUACUGCAUCCCGAAUUUCUUCAUUAUCUUCCCUACCUACUAAAUUUGGUAAACCCCUAAAUCGAAUCGCGCUAGGAACCGCAAACGGAAAUACUAAGUUUCUUUUUC